CCAAGCGUGUGUGUAUCUUAAGACAAAGUCUGACAUCAAUCUCUUUUCAUUUGUUUAAUAAUCUCAACUUUGAUGCUAACCACAAAAACACAGCACAACACAACUCGUUCCAUUUCAGUCGGCAAUUCUGGAAAAAGUCAAAUCAUUCUGGAAUUUUCAUUCAUUUGAGAGAAAAGAGAAAAACAAGUGUUCUUUGAAUCUGUUGAAGGUGGUGAUUUGAUUUGAUUUGAAUAAUUCACAUAACCAAUUCAUCUAUUCAUUAUCUCUCCGAUCUUUCAAUGGAUUCUGACUUCUGGACCUCGCGUCUUGCCGCCGCUAAACGCCAAUACACGCUUCAGCAUCACCAUCCAAACUCUCACUUAGAUCGGUUGGGAAUCGAUGAUUUUGAUAUGGAAGAAGAGGUGAGACCCGAUUUCCCUUGCCCCUAUUGUUAUGAAGACUUUGACAUCGCGUCUUUGUGUUCUCAUCUUGAAGAUGAACAUUCUUGUGAAUCAAGAGUCACGAUUUGUCCUAUAUGCUCCGAUAAAGUUGCACGGAACAUGUUAAGUCACAUAACGCUGCAACAUGGGCAUUUAUUAAAGUUACAGAGAAGGCGCAGGUUAAGAAGAGUUGCUAUUCCAAACAGUCAGACAUUGUCUCUUUUGGGUCGAGAUCUUCGUGAGGCUCAUCUACAGGUGCUUCUUGGUGGUGGAGGUGGUGGUGGAUACCGGUCAAAUAGUGUAGCUGCAGCCGUAUCUAAUGCUGCUGCUACUGAUCCAUUCCUAUCCUCAUUUAUUUUGAACUUCCCUGCUUGUGAAGCUGAAGAAAUUUCAAAAUCUGUGGUAACAAGUGCUGAGAAUUCUUCUGCCAAAAAUGCGACGCCUGAACAUAUUUGGAAAUCAAGUUUUGGUCCCUCCUUGAGUACUGAAGAGCGCGAGAAACGGAUGAGACAAGCUGCUGGGAGAUCUGGUUUUGUGCAGGAACUGUUUCUUUCAGCUUUGUUAGGUGAAUAAUGGAAGCUGUAAGGUGCUUUCAGAAGAAUAAUCAACACGAGAUCCAUCGUUAAGGAUCUUGAAUGAAGGAUACCUCUAGUGGGAUUCGUUGGUUAUCUGACAAUCCAUGUUAUAGACUAAUUUUGGUAUAUUGUCACAGCUGCACCUUUGACAUAUAGUGCUGAAUCUGAUCAUAGUUAUCCUUUUAUCCCACCCUUGUAAGUUGUAAGCAUCUUAACUGGAGAUGUAUUACUAUCUGAAAACAAAAAAAUAGAAGUUUUCUUGCUUAUGGAAAGACCUAUUUUAUUAUAUUGGCAUAUUAUGAUUCCCUUGACUCAA